UUCUGUGCGCCUGCUCGACGACAAACCAAACAUGGCGAAGAAAAAACAACGUGGAAAAACAGCUUCUUCAUUGAAUACAGCAGAAAGCCCAAAAAAGACAGAGACUUUUGCCCUCUUGCUCGACGAGAGUGACGAUGAGGCUCCAGAGGCAGUUACUUUUGAAGACUCCAAGGCUGAGGCUCUAUCCUGCAUGAAACACGCGCUGGACAGCGCGAGAAGGGAGAAGGAGCUGCUGAAGGAGAAGCGGCGGCGGCGCCAGCAGCUGUUCCAGGAGCAGAAGAAAAGAAAACUCCUCCCAGCAGACGUUUUGGAGGAAAUCGAUUCGGCACCUUCAAAGUAAGUCAACUCAUCAAAUGAAUCGUACGAGGACGAGGAGGCGGAAGAGACGAGGAACACAAAACCGGUGGAUGUCAGGAACCUGAAGGGAAACUACACGGUGACAACGGCGGCGAGGGAGCAGGAGGCGGCGUCCUUCCAGCGGCAGGCGGCCGAGGAUUUCCUCCGGUCACGGCUGUACGGGCCGGGCAGCUGCAGGACCACAAGCAACGAGCUGCUGUCCCUCCAGAACAAGAAGGGCCCGAACAAAAGCGCCGCCGUGCAGUUCGUCAAGAAGAACUGGGCCUCUAAAGAAAAGGCCAAAGCGGACAAGAUGAAGAAAAGAUGGAUCCACAAGCAGCAGCUUCCCUCCAGCUGACGACACAAAGGACCAGGACCCGGUUCCAGACGGCUCGACCCGGAUCCAGUGGAUCCGACAGAGACUUGUGGUUGCAGGACGGAAACGUGGCCGAGGGUCAAACGAGCACCAACACUGUCGAAUGAGGAAGCGGCUGCAUCCUGCAUCCCAACAAGAGACUGUUUAUAUCUGAAUUAAGGGUUUAUUUUAUUAUUAAAAUACAGUAAUGAGCGUAAAAGGUUUUCUGUUGGAUAAACUGCUUCACAACCUUAAACCUAGAGCGACAUCUGCUGAGCAAAUGUGACAUCAAGCUUUAAAUGAGACUUUGUGUCGAGGUUUUAACUGUUGGUUGCUCUCGUGAAAACAUUACAUUU